GUGCGCGCGCCGCCCUCUUUGUAGCACGGCCCUGGUGACGUCACGGGACAGAGCUUGUCGCGCGGAGGGAGCUGCUGCUGCUGCUGCCGUUUGGGCCCGCAUACAAACACACUACACUGACAAACCUGUGAGAAAACUGACAAAACGGAUUGACGCAGCAUCUCCAGACCACGAACAGGGCUGUUUUUUGUGUUUCCCGUCACCGCUGGACGCGACCUGUCAGGAGCUGGUAAGCGGAGGCGGAUUUAAAGUGUAGUUUCGGGGUUUGCUAAAGUUGUCUGAGUGGGACUCGAUGAAAGAUGACAGAGGAGGUGAUUGUUAUAGCCAAGUGGGACUACAAUGCUCAGCAGGACCAAGAACUUGACAUCCGGAAAAACGAACGCUUGUGGCUCCUGGAUGACUCUAAAACCUGGUGGAGAGUCCGCAAUGCCUCCAAUCGUACCGGCUACGUCCCAUCUAACUACGUCGAGCGUAAGAAUAGCCUUAAGAAAGCCUCGCUGGUGAAGAACCUGAAAGAUACACUGGGUCUGGGCAAAACGAAAAGGAAGACAAGUGCACGUGAUACAUCUCCCACACCCAGCACAGAUGCAGAGUACCCAUCCAACGGGAGCGCAGGAGGAAGUGGAAUGAGUGCUGCGGAGCGGAUCUACGAUCUGAACAUUCCAGCAGUCGUGAAGUUCUCCUACACAGCAGAGCGUGAUGACGAGCUGACUUUAGUUAAAGGAGAACGAGUGGUGGUGAUGGAGAAGUGCAGCGAUGGCUGGUGGAGGGGGAGCCACGACGGCCGUGUGGGCUGGUUCCCGUCCAACUAUGUCCGUGAGGAACCGGCCUACGCAGAUGCAGGCUUUGGCGGGGACACGUUAGGGAGCUUUCGUUCCCUGAGGGCGGGGCAAGGGAUGGGACUUGUCAAUGGCCGGAUGGCAGGCUCAGGGAGCUCAGUACUCCAUGUCGUCCAGACUCUGUAUCCCUUCAGUUCAGUAACAGACGAGGAGCUGAACUUUGAGAAGGGUGAGACCAUGGAAGUGGUGGAGAAGCCUGAGAAUGACCCUGAGUGGUGGAGGUGUAGGAACAGCAAGGGUGUGAUCGGCCUUGUGCCAAAAAACUAUGUGGCGGUUUUGAAUGACGUGCCUGCUGGACAAGGCCUUGCAUCCCCACCCAUCAGCCACAUGGGUCCGUCCCGUACAGGCAAGUUUGCAGGCAAGGAGUGGUACUACGGUAACGUGACACGGCAUCAGGCGGAGUGUGCACUCAAUGAGCGAGGAGUCGAGGGAGACUUCCUUAUAAGAGACAGCGAGUCCUCGCCCAGUGAUUUCUCCGUAUCAUUGAAGGCAGUGAGGAAGAAUAAACACUUCAAGGUGCAGCAGCAGGAUGGAGUCUACUGCAUUGGCCAACGGCGUUUCAACAGUAUGGACGAGUUGGUGGAGCACUACAAAAAAGCUCCUAUCUUCACCAGUGAUCAGGGAGACAAACUCUACUUGGUGAAACCUCUUGCCUGAACAUGGCUCUGUUUUACCUGACUCGUUUUGCCUUCCCUAUACUAUUUCUUUUGCCCUUUUCCUCUCGCUACUUUUCACCUCAUAGGACUUUAAGCAAGCCUUUGGGCUGGAGGGCAGGAUCCUUUCAUGAGCAAAAAAAAAGGACAUUUUGCUUCAGAGUGCUUUCUUGCCAGGCUCUGUCAUGGAGAAAGUGGAUUUUAAGUUGAAAUAUCCAUAAGCCUGUUAAACAUUCUUUGAUUAAGGCCUCCGAGGAGGACCUAGAAAUAAAUAUGGUCUGAUUCACUGUGUGACUGUUGUUAGCAUUCCCUCUGCCUUUGGCAUACAGCUCUUCUGCUCUUCUACUGGGUUUGGUAAAAUAGCAUCUGCGUUUAGAACCUAUCCCACUCCAACCUUAGACUGUUUCUGUGCUACACUUUGUGCAUUAAUUUGUGGCAUAUCAGGCCAACAGUAAGGAUGGACUAGGAUUUUGGUCAUAGCAUGUGAUGAGCAGCUAAGCACCGGUUUAGAUUCAUAUACUGAUCUUUUGCACUGCUUUAUGUAUUUAGUUUUUAAGGGAAAAAUGCAUGAAGUGCAGAGUGGGACACAGCCCAGAUUGUGUCCACCUAAAGAGCCAGUAUGUAGAGCACAUCAGCUUCUUUGCAUGUCUGCCAAUGCAACUCUAGCAGAAUUCAGUAUAAAUGUACUUCAGCACUAGACCAGUAGACCUACUGCUAAUCUGAACUGUGCGCACUCAUAUCCUCCUGAGACCGUUUCAGCCUUGAAGCCGAUUCCUAAUGCUGACUUUCAUUCAUGCCAGAUAACAAUUUCUCGUACUCAGUGCUCACAGAGUGAACCUUCUCAGUUCUUACUGUACUCAGCUCAAAUGUUUACCAUAAGUGGCUCUUCAGGGUUUCUUUAGGUUCAGGGUGCUUAUAAAAGGGGCUAUGUCUAUCAGACCUGAUGCAUUAAAGAAGAGACAGGGCUAGACAUUAUUGUAGUCCAGCCAGGCAUUUGAAUGUGUCUCUUUCUACAGCCAAAUGGGCCACAUAUCUUCAGUAUGGCUAUGCUUGGUGCCCUUAUCAACUCAGACUUCCCUCUCACACACACCGAUGUCGUCUCUUCUUCACAAAAUAACACUCACACUUGCCUAGCUGUUCGUGAACACUAAGAGAAAUAAUACAUUUUGUUUACUUUUGUCACACCCACCUGUUUACCAAGAAGAGUGUUGAUUGGGGAUUUUUUUAAUGAUCAGAAUAAGAUGUAUCUGAAUGAAUAAGAUAUGUCUGAAUGUUAUUGAGCAAUGUUAUUUAAUUCUUUUUUUCCCACUAUAUGUAUAUAUACGUAUUCAUAAGAUAAAUUGCAUAUAUGAAUCGUUUAGAUCCAGCAUUAUGGAUUAUGGUACUGUACUGAGGACAGUGUGGUGUGAGAAUUCAAAGACUUUUGUUCAAUAAAAGUUUUGCAGAAUAACAGAAAAUGAUUUUAGUGUGCCUUAAAUUUUUGUCUUUUGUUUAAACUAACCAGAAAAGGAAAAAGGGGGAAGAAAAAGAACUAAAUAUGGUGAUGCUGAUCUCUGAAAUUUCAUUGGGAUUUGCUUGCAAAUUUCUUGUUGCACACAUUGCUGUACUUUAAACCUCUCGUGUUUCUUUACAUUGCCAAAUGAAAGGUUUAUUAUGCAGUCACAUAAUAUGUCUGCUGUAUGGGAAUGCAUAACCUUUCAAUGUCAAAGGGGUUAAUUAUAGAGAGUAUUAGGGGGCCUAAAACAGAACCCUGUGGGACCCCAAUUUUGCUCAUUUCUAGCCUUAGGGAUUUGUCUGCACUACUGGCAAGCAAAAUCUACAGAAUGUACUACCUGCUUUGCUGAUUUGCUCCAUACUGUAUAAUGAGUCAGAUUAAGGGAAAUACAAGCCUUUACAGUUCUGGAUAAUUUUACUGGGUUUUAUUGGCAGAGUCUUAGUAGGGCAUACAGAUUAUUAUACACACUCUUACUGAGCUCAAAACCACCUCAAUUCUUGGUUGCAUUGACUCCACUAGAUGUUGUAAAUCCUUUCAUUCUUCUCCAUGGUGACAUGACUGCAUCACACAAAAUCCUACGGAUUUUUUUAGGUUCACUUUCCUGCUUUGAAUCUCCUUUUACAUCCCAAUGGAUUCAGAGCCAGCGACUGGGAAGAUCGGAGAGGAACACUGAACUCAUCGUCAUGUUCAUGAAACCAGAUUGAGACCCUUUGCUUUAUGACACGGUGUGUUAUCCUGCUGUCGUAGCUCAUUCCCUAAACGGUCGACAUGAGCAUUCUGUGAUGUUUUUCUGCUUACUGCCAUUUUUCUACUGACCCACCUCAACAAUGUGUUUUUAUAAAAUUUCAUUUGAAACUUUACAAUUUAUUCUGUUUCUAUGCUUCUGUAAAUCUGCUUUGAGACCAUUGUCAAAAACACUAUACAAAUAAAUUGAAUUGUUUCUGUUUGCA